UGCAUCAACGGAGUAAUCGAAGAUUAUAAGAAGAAUAACUAUUUUAAUGCGUGUCACUGAAACAGGUUUCUGGGGGUUUUUUCUGGUAUCCAAAUUCUCCAGAAACUUCAAACUUUCAUUAAAGCCUCCACCAAAAUUUAAUUCUUAACCACCAUUGAUCAAUAGGCUGUUCAUGAUUCAAAUCAUCAAAGGGUAAUCACAAUAUUUCAGUAAUCGCCAUCAAUUUUUUUGGGAUUGUUUUCUGAAUCUGUAAGUUGUUGUUGUUGAUGAUCAGGAACAGUAAUCAUUGGAAAGAGACCAAGUUAUGUUUAUUGUUGGGGUUGUUUUGGUUUGAAGCAAGGUUUUUUUUUUUUAAUUAGUAAAUUUGGUGUGAGAAAAAAUGAAUGUAGUUGGGAAAGUUGGGAGUUUGAUAAGUCAAGGUGUGUACUCAGUUGCUACCCCUUUUCACCCUUUUGGUGGUGCUGUUGAUGUGAUUGUUGUUCAGCAACAAGAUGGUACAUUUAGAAGUACACCUUGGUAUGUUAGGUUUGGUAAAUUUCAAGGUGUUCUUAAAGGUGCUGAAAAAGUUGUUAGAAUAAGUGUUAAUGGUGUUGAGUCUAACUUUCAUAUGUAUCUUGAUAAUUCUGGGGAGGCUUAUUUUGUGAAGGAUGCGGAUGAGGAUAAAGGGGUUGAUCUUGAUCAAGAUUCUAGUAGUAAAAGUGAUAAUUUUUUGAGUAAUGGUCAUAGACUUGAUCAUAGUAUUUCGGAUUCUGGGGUGCUUAGGUUGAAAGACGAAGAGGAUUCGUCGGUUGGGCCUCGGAUUCAAAGGACGGAGUCUGAUGGGAGAUAUUAUGAUUUCCAAGAUUCUUUUGAUGAUUUAUCGGAAUACGGGUCUAAUUCAUACGGGACUUUAGAUGGAGAGAAUUCUGUAGACUCGCAGGGUUCUCACCCAGAGAUGGUCUUGGUGAGUGUUGAUGGUCAUAUAUUGACAGCUCCUAUCUCGGAAUCAGAGCAGAAUGAGGAGAAUGUGCAGUUAAGAAAUCCUCAAUUUCAUUUAGGUCCGGCUGAGGAGACUGACAUAUGCGAAGGCAAUGGAGAGUUCAGUUCCGGCGAAACUGCUUGGGCCGCUGAUUAUAUUAGCAAGCUGGGUGCUUCAACAACUGAUAUCAAACCCAGACAAUGUGACACUAAUACUAAUGGUUAUGGUAGUACCGCUUUGGCCCCACUCAAAGUUUGCCAAGAAGAGGAAGUAAACAUUUGUCAAUCACAAAAAUCCCUGGAGGUCGAAAUUCAAGAAGAUCUUUUGCAGCAGGCUGGAAAUGCUGAAGUAAGAGAUGCUAGUUCGUCACUGGAGGUUCAAAAUUCAUCUCACGAAUCUAAUGCAAGUUCCCCUGUAGUUGAUGAAAAUGAACUACAGAGCAUUGUACAGUCUAAUGCAAGCUCUCCUGCAGUUGAUGAAAAUGACCAAGAGAGCAUUGCACAAUCUAAUGCAAGUUCUCCUGUACUUUAUGAAAAUGAACAAGAGAGCAUUGUACAAUUUAAUGCAAGUUCUCCUGUAGUUGAUGAAAAUGAACAAGAGAGCAUUGUACAAUCUAAUGCAAGUUGUCCCGCGGUUGACGAAAAUGAACAAGAGAGCGUUGUACAAUCUACAAACAUUGACGAGUUAUCCUCCACAAGUAGUCCUACUUCUUUUGGUGGCCAUAAAUCUCCAACUUCAGAAUCAGGACUUCAAGAUCAAGAGGCUGACAAAGAUUCAUCACGAGAAGUUGUAACUGCUUCCGGCUCUCCUAUUACUGAUGAUACUGAAUGGAAUAACAAACAAGCUGACAUGUCAGUAUCAAAUGACGGUGUAGAUGAAACUCAUCAAACCACUUCAGUUGAAGAUAAUAAGAAUAAUAAUUCAAGUGAGGUGGUGAAACCUCAAGCCGAAACUUCAAGUAAAGGUGACCAAAUCCAUCCUGGUUUGGGAUUGGAGAUCUCCCUCUGUGGUCAUGAACUUAAGGCAGGUAUGGGUUUGGUAGCUGCUGCUGGAGUGUUUGAAGCCCAUCGAAUAUCGGCAGAGGAUUUUGCAAACUCUGCACCGGCAAUACUUAAGAAUCAAAAUCUUGUUAUCAAGUUUAAAGAGAUGUACUUGACGUGGGAAAAGGCUGCUCCUCUUGUUCUAGGAAUGUCUGCAUUUGGUUCAAUUUUACCUGUUGAGCCGAAAGAUGCAAUUCCUGUGGAAUAUUCCAGGGAUGAUGAUCAACAAACACCCUCGCCUGGACGCAGAUGGAGACUUUGGCCUAAUCCUUUUCGAAGGGUCAAGACAAUAGAACACACUUUUAGCAACACAUCCAAUGAAGAUGUAUUUCUAGAUUCCGAGUCUGGAACUCUUUUAGAACCAACUCCAACAUCGAGUACUCAGGGAUCUCCUCAGAAGCAAUUUUUAAGGACAAAUGUUCCAACCAAUAAACAGAUAGCAUCCUUGAAUCUUAAAGAUGGUCAAAAUACAGUAACCUUCAGUUUCUCUACAAGGGUUUUAGGAACACAACAGGUUGAUGCUCAUAUAUACUUAUGGAAGUGGAAUGCAAGAAUCGUGAUUUCAGACGUUGAUGGAACUAUUACAAAGUCUGACGUUUUGGGACAGUUCAUGCCUUUAGUUGGCAAAGAUUGGACACAAUCUGGUGUGGCAAGGCUUUUCUGUGCCAUUAAGGAAAACGGAUACCAGCUACUGUUUCUGAGUGCGCGUGCAAUUGUCCAAGCAUAUUUAACCAGGAACUUCCUACUUAACCUGAAACAGGAUGGAAAAACCUUACCUAAUGGACCUGUUGUUAUUUCACCGGAUGGAUUAUUUCCUUCACUUUUCCGAGAAGUGAUAAGAAGAGCACCUCAUGAGUUCAAGAUUGCUUGUCUAGAGGAUAUCAAAAGACUUUUCCCUUCUGAUUAUAAUCCAUUCUAUGCGGGAUUUGGCAAUAGAGACACAGAUGAACUUAGUUACAGGAAGAUUGGAAUCCCAAAGGGCAAAAUAUUCAUCAUUAACCCGAAGGGUGAAGUGGCUAUUAGUCAACGUAUUGGUGCAAAGUCGUAUACAUCGUUACAUACCCUCGUCAAUGACAUGUUUCCACCAACUUCUUUGGUCGAGCAGGAGGACUACAACUCAUGGAAUUAUUGGAGAAUGCCAUUGCCAGAUGUCGACUAAUUUAUAGGUUAAUUUAUUUACUUCCCUUUGACAAGGAUCCAUUGGUAUGCAUCAAUUCAGCACGUCAACCAAAAAGCCAGACAAAUCCGCCAAUGUGACGCACUUACAUGCCGUGCCGAGUAGAGAGUACCUUCUUUCACGGAAGUCAUUGAUGAUUGGGCAUGUAAGUUCUCCAAGGACAUAAUUUAUUAUGAUGGCAAUGCCCUUCUUUUCCUUCUUUUUUGAUCUGCAUUAAAUCUUGAUUCAUUUUUACUCAUCAAUAGAGUUGUAUAACAUUUGGCUUACAUGGUAACUGCCACAUCUUGUAUAUUUCUCAUUCGGUUAUCAGGAAAUAAUGGUAUACAUGAUUCUAAAUAAUACUGUCUUUCCUCUCUAAUAAUUUUGUGUCGGUGGAUUCAGGGCCUAGGUACUAGCUUUUGUAGGGUAUAUUUAAUUUAAGAUAACAUUUUCUGUUUUCA